GCCGCUCUGGACGGUGAGAAGGGUCGCCUUUAUAAAGGGUAUAGAUUAGAGUCCAUGAGUCGCUUUCUGCUCGCUCAUAGACUGCAGAAGAAAGAGGUUCUCUUAUGGAAUGAAGAGUCUGGAUGUAGGCCUGAACAUGCAGGGUUAAAACUUCACCCAAAGCUGUCCACCCUAUUUUGAAGUCAGAGAAAUCCAUGAAAUUUUCAUUAUGUUGUACUAUCUAAACUUAAUAAAAAAUUGUCAAAGUGACAAUGUCUCUCUGCUGAAUGGAUUUUCUUGCACCAUCUGGAUGUUGUUGAGCUUAAGUUGCUUUCAUUUGAAUUGUGCUGAUGAUCUUUUUUUUUGUUUCAUAGCAUUGAACAGAUGGGUUGAUUAUUCUUUACAGAUAUUAAUAAAGCAGUGGAAAGAAGAAAUAUGAAUAAGGCUUCAUCAAGGUCCAGUCCGACACGAAGAGAGCCAUAUGCCUACGGGGAUGGCCGAGAUGGCAGACGCGACCGCUCCCCUCUUCGGGGGAGCCCACGGAGGGACCCCAGAGAUGGCAGGGAUGGCAGGAACGGGCGAGAUGCCAGAGACGCUCGAGACAUUCGAGCCAGAGACAUGCGUGACGCCAGAGACCACAGGGACCCACGGGACCUGCGAGACCCACGGGAUAUCAGGGAUCCAAGGGACCUGCGGGACCCGCGUGAUGUUAGAGAUCUUCGUGACCCACGGGAGCCGCUGUAUGACCGAUACAGGGAUCCGCGGGAUAUGAGAAAUGCACGAGAUGUGAGGGAUCCACGGGAUAUGAGAGACCCUCGAGACCCCAUGUACAGACGAGACGAAUCUUACGACCGUUACCUGCGCCUUGAGGACUAUUACCGGCGCAAGGACGACUCUUACUACGACCGCUACAAGGACCAUUUCGAUAGAGCUCCAGUGAGUUCAGAGGACCGCCUGAAGCGCGAGGAGCGGCGCCGGGAGGAGCUGUACCGUCAGUACUAUGAGGAAAUCAAGAGGCGUUUCGAUGCAGAGAGACCUGUGGAUUGUUCUGUGAUAGUGGUGAAUAAACAGACAAAGGAGUACGCCGAGUCAGUGGGGCGGAAGGUGCGGGAUCUGGGCAUGGUAGUGGACCUGAUCUUCCUCAACACAGAGAUGUCACUGACACAAGCCCUGGAUGAUGUGAGCAGAGGAGGGUCUCCUUUUGCCAUUGUCAUCACCCAGCAGCAUCAAGUUCACCGCUCUUGCACUGUUAACAUCAUGUUUGGCACCCCACAAGAGCACCGCAACAUGCCCCAAGCUGAUGCCAUGGUGCUGGUGGCAAGGAAUUACGAGCGCUACAAAACAGAGUCCCGGGAGAAGGAGCGGGAGGAGAUCGCCCGGCAGGCUGCCAAGAUGGCAGAUGAAGCUGUUCUGCAGGAGCGGGAGCGCCCACCCCCCAUGGAGGAGGGUGUCAGAGGAGGUCACCCUCCUGGGAUCCAGGCUCUCUUGAACCUGCUGGCAGACAAUCGCUACCUGACUGCUGAGGAGAUAGAUAAAGUCAUUAAUUACCUGAGGGACCGGAAGGAACGGUUACUGCGGGGCAGCUCUGAAUCUCUGCAGGCACCCAUGUCAAGACAGUCUUUGGGGGCACCUUCAGGAUCAUCCCUGGGUAGUCAGUCCAGCCUUCCAAGCUCUCAGACUCAUCAGGGUUCACAGCCUCUGGUCUCUACUCCUUCUGUUCCAGUAUCCUCUUCUAAUCCUCAGCAGGAGCUUCAAGCAAAAAUCCUCAGUCUCUUCAACAGCGGGGCGGCAGCAGCAGCAGCCGCCGUGGCAAACAGCAGUCCUGCGGCCCCCGCGGGCUCUUCGGGCAGCACUCCCAACCAGAACUUUGCUAACCUGGCCGGUGGGCAGCCCCGGCCAGCACAGAUGAGUGCUGGAAAUCUAAACCAGGCUCAGCAGAGAUUGCAGACUCCAAGCACGCAGCUUCCUGCUCUGCCAGGCCCUUCGAGAAACGCGGGUCCGAGACCUGGGGCUCCUCCACAACCUCAGCCGCUCUAUGGUCAGCACCAAACCCGCCUCCCUGCGCCUGGCAGUGUGCCCGCUCAAAGGCCAGUGUCUUCUGGUAUCAACUUUGACAACCCCAGUGUACAGAAAGCCUUGGACACCCUUAUCCAGAGUGGUCCUGCCCUCUCCCACCUUGUGAGCCAAACCGUGGCCCAGGGGCGAGCAGGGUCCUCAGCCCAGCAGCCGAUGGGUUCCUACCAGCGACACUAUUAGAGCUGAGCUGUGAGGCCCGUUCCCCUUCCCUUUGCCAUUCCAUACUUAUAGCUGUUUAAGGAGUCUCCCAUCCUUGACCCGGGACAGAUGCCCUGGACGUGCAUGUCCUCUCUGGUGAGAGCGUACCCCCCACAGCAUUGCUGCCGAUGGUUGCUGGUGCUGCCUUCCUUCUUGAUCUGGUUAGCAGUGUUUGGAGCAGAAUGCUUCGUUUUCUCUGCAGCACAGUGUUGGAUCAUUGGUUGUAUUGUCCCAUCGCAGAAACUGCCACAGUAUCAGUCCUGCUGCAUUUUCCUCAUUCCCAGCACCUGGUGCACCUUCCCAGUGAGCUGCAGUCUGGGCUCACUGAAUGGUCUCAGUAUAGUUUUGGGUCAGUGGUUUUGAGGAAUUAAGGGACUGAACACAGCGUCGUGCUGAUGGGCCUUGGACACCCACCACUGUGGGCACUAUUUUUCUUUGGAAUUUUUUAUUUUUUUCUUCUUUUUUUAAUGGUGUAUAAACCAGUUGGGAAGUACAGUGAUAGCACUAGCAGCCAAAAUCGUGAAGCACAUGCCUGACCACUGCUCAGUAACCAGAACUGUGCCCUGCAGUCCCUCCACGCUGGCCUACCCUGUCCCGGUAGGGAGGCACAUGCUCCUCACCUCGCCCUGUGUUGAGCACAGAUCUGCAGCACAAGAGCUUCCAACCAAGGCAGAGGUUUCAAAUGGUCUGUCAGUUUUCCUACACCAAGUAAUCAGUGUCAAGAUCAGUCUGUUAAAUUUGGUGUAUAAAUUUCCUUUUCUUACAGCCUUUGGGACGGUUGUUAGUGUAGAUCAGCUGCAGCCAUGCUGAUGUGCUGCUGGCCCUCCCCUGGGAAUACCUAACACUAAGUAUGGGGGGAAUCCUGCUCUCUGAAACCUCACCUUGUUGUUAUGGGGCGUUCUGUCCAUCUGAGGAGGAGAGGCAGUGCCAAGAUGCAAUACCAUAAUUUUAUACGUUUUUCAGUGCUUUGGCAGUGGACAGUGGAGUGGAAGAUCAGGCAGUGAUUCUUCACCGUGUUUUUAACCGGUAACAUACUUUGAUACCAGAACACAAAACAUCUCUUAACUGUGUGGUCCUCCCCGUCAUGGCCUUCUUGGAGUCUGUGGGCUUCCUACAGGGAACCGAGAGACACUGAGGAAGCAGAGGAUUUACUUUGUCCCAGGUGGUUUUAUGUUGUAGCAUUUCUUUUCUCUCUGUGCUGUUAACAAGAGGACAUUACUUUCUAAUAAAAGGCCGUAAAAAUUA